AUGAGCGUGGAGAGGAACCUGGUUGUUACCGCGACAAUGAGCGUGGAGAGGAACCUGGUUGUUACCGCGGCAAUGAGCGUGGAGGAACCUGGUUUUGACCGCUGCAAUGAGCGUGGAGAGGAACCUGGUUGCUACCGCGGCGAUGAGCGUGGAGAGGAACCUGGUUGUUACCGCGGCGAUGAGCGUGGAGAGGAACCUGGUUGUUACCCCGACAAUGAGCGUGGAGAGGAACCUGGUUGUUACCACGGCGAUGAGCGUAGAGAGGAACCUGGUUGUUACCGCGGCGAUGAGCGUGGAGAGGAACCUGGUUGUUACCGCUGCAAUGAGCGUGGAGAGGAACCUGGUUUCUACCGCAACAAUGAGCGUGGAGAGGAACCUGGUUGUUACCGCGGCAAUGAGCGUGGAGAGGAACCUGGUUGUUACCACGGCAAUGAGCGUGGAGAGGAACCUGGUUGUUACCACGGCGAUGAGCGUGGAGAGGAACCUGGUUGUUACCGCGGCGAUGAGCGUGGAGAGGAACCUGGUUGUUACCGCUGCAAUGAGCGUGGAGAGGAACCUGGUUGUUACCGCGGCGAUGAGCGUGGAGAGGAACCUGGUUGUUACCGCUGCAAUGAGCGUGGAGGAACCUGGUUUUGA